AUGGCGUUAAUUGUUUGGCAUUUCAGGGAUGGGUUGAUGGCGGCUCUUUUAGGGGCUGCCUUUGCAUUAUAUCCGUUUGCGCGCGUGGUGGGGUUGCGCGCUCGUCGUCCAUGUCCUGGCACUGGCCGCCGCCAGCAAGGCCACAGAACUACAGUCGCAGCUCGUGAAGAUGACGAUGACGAUGAAGAGCCUGUGGUUAUCAAGCGCGAGGAUUCCGGAGUGAAUCAGCGGGAGGUCAUUGACCUCGAAGCAGCCGGCGAGACGCCACCAGGUCAAGUCGCUGAUGAGAAGACCAACGGAAGACCGACGGAGGAAGCGCUCACCACUACGAACGAGAUAAUGGGGAAGCGCAAGCGGGAGGGCAAUGAUGAGGGUCACGCUGACGAUAAUGAAAACUACCUGAAGGCGCAGCUCCGCGAGAAGCGCGCAAAGCGCGAGAUGAAAGAGGCCGCUCUCGAGGUGAAGGAGGCAGCGUUCGAGGAGGCUGAGAUCGAGCGUAAGAUCGCAGCCCUUGAGAAGAAGUCGACAUGCAGGGAGAGGGUUUGGAGCACGUGA